AUGGGCUUUGGUCUUACAUGGAGGGCAUCGGUGAAGGAAUGUGUGACUACAGCGUCUAUGUCGGUGUUGAUUAACGGGUCACCGUCCAAGCCAUUCAAGAUGAAGAGAGGUCUUAGACAAGGAGAUCCUCUUUCUCCUUUCUUAUUCGUCCUUGUGGUUGAUGUCUUGCACAUGAUGGUGGGUGAGGCAGUCAGGAAUGGGCGCGUUUCUCCACUGUUGGUGGGAAGGGAUAUGGAAACCAUACUGAACUAUAAGAGGCUUCUGCGUGGUUUUGAGUUGAUGUCGGGCCUGACUAUUAAUUUUGAUAAGUCAAAUAUGAUUUCUGUUAACUGUGAGCAGGAGUGGGUGACAAGUAUGUGUGGAUUGUUGGGAUGCGCCGAAGCUAGUUUACUUAUCAGGUACCUAGGAAUCCCUCUAGGUGCAAAGUGCAAACCCUCGGUUGGUGAAGACCUGGAAACCGAUCAUAGACAAGGUGAAAGAUAA